UGAACUUCCAACCCGUGCCUAGAUUCUCUUCUUCCUUUUUUUUUCUCACACUCAAAUUUUUACCUUGUUUUUGGUUGUUGCAACCUGCAGUGUGCAACAAGAAGCUCGUGUCGUGUCUGUCACAGUUCCACACCCAUUUGUAAAACUCAGUUUUUCAAGAAAAGAAUCAUUCACUCACUCGUUACUUCAUUCAUUACACCCACCAAAGUAAAUCGCUUUCCUGAUUAACCUGCUGCCUUUAAUUACUAUCCAACGCCCCACGCCUUUAAAUUUCUAUCUUUGCUUCUCUCUCUCCGUGCCAUUGUUUGGGUACUAUGCUUAAUAGUAGUGUGGGGAUGGGUGUUCCCUGUGAAUGUGAUGGGUACCCGAGGGUGUGUGUUUUAAUGUGAAGCUGUGCUAUUUGAAGAUUCAGGUGGUGGUGAGUGGUGAUUUCAAUGGAUACCAAGGGGAGACUGGUUGCAGGGUCACAUAACAGGAAUGAGUUUGUUCUCAUCAAUGCUGAUGAAACUGCAAGAGUGAAUGCUGUUACAGAAUUGAGUGGACAAAUUUGUCAGAUCUGUGGGGAUGAGAUAGAGGUUACUGUUGAUGGUGAACCAUUUGUUGCUUGCAAUGAAUGUGCAUUCCCUGUGUGUAGACCUUGCUAUGAGUAUGAAAGGAGAGAGGGAAACAAAAUUUGCCCUCAGUGCAAAACCAUAUACAAGCGCCUAAAGGGUAGUCCUAGAGUUGAGGGUGAUGAGGAAGAAGAGGACAUUGAUGAUUUGGAAAAUGAGUUUGACAUUGGAAGCAAUAUCAGGCAUGACCCUCAUCACGUUGCUGAGGCCUUGCUCUCGGCUCGCCUCAAUGCUGCCCGUGGUUCACAAAUGAACGCUCCAGGGAUCACCACACCAUCAGAGUUUGAUGCAGCUUCUGUGGCGGCUGAUAUUCCUCUCCUGACAUAUGAUCACGAGGAUGUUGGGAUUUCUGCUGAUAAACAUGCUUUAAUUAUUCCCCCAUUCAUGCAUCAUGGGAAACGGGUUCAUCCAAUGCCUCCUGAUUCAUCUGUGCCAGUUCAACCCAGACCUAUGGAUCCUAAAAAAGAUUUAGCAGUUUAUGGAUAUGGAAGUGUCGCAUGGAAGGAACGAAUGGAGGAAUGGAAGAAAAGGCAGAAUGAAAAAAUUGAGGUGGUUAAGCAUGAAGGGGGUAAUGAUGGUGGGAAAAAUGGUGAUGAGCUUGAUGAUCCAGAUUUGCCAAAAAUGGAUGAAGGCAGACAGCCACUGUGGAGGAAGUUGCCAAUUAGCCCAAGCAAGAUUAAUCCCUAUCGAAUUAUAAUAGUACUCCGGAUUGCUGUUCUUGGUCUCUUUUUCCAUUAUAGAAUUCUCCACCCGGUCAAUGAUGCAUAUGCAUUGUGGCUAACAUCAGUAAUAUGUGAAAUCUGGUUUGCUGUGUCUUGGAUUUUGGAUCAGUUUCCCAAAUGGUGCCCAAUUGAGAGAGAAACAUACCUUGAUCGUUUGUCAUCGAGGUAUGAGAAAGAAGGAAAGCCAUCUGAAUUAGCUGAUAUAGACGUUUUUGUUAGUACAGUAGAUCCUAUGAAAGAACCUCCACUUAUAACUGCAAAUACAGUACUAUCCAUCCUUGCUGUAGAUUAUCCAGUGGAGAAAGUUUCAUGUUAUGUCUCAGAUGAUGGUGCAGCUAUGCUGACAUUUGAAGCCAUUUCAGAGACUUCAGAGUUUGCAAGAAAGUGGGUUCCGUUCUGUAAGAAGUUCAACAUUGAACCUCGGGCUCCUGAGUGGUAUUUUGCUCAAAAGGUUGACUAUCUGAAAGACAAAGUGGAUGCAACAUUCAUCAGGGAGCGUCGUGCUAUUAAGAGGGAGUAUGAAGAGUUCAAAGUGCGUAUCAAUGCAUUGGUUGCAAUGGCACAAAAGGUUCCUGAGGAUGGCUGGACAAUGCAGGAUGGGACUCCGUGGCCCGGGAACAGUGUCAGAGAUCAUCCUGGAAUGAUUCAGGUUUUCCUUGGUCAAAAUGGUAUUCAUAAUAUUGAAGGGAAUGAGUUACCUCGUCUUGUCUAUGUGUCACGUGAGAAAAGACCAGGAUAUGAACACCACAAAAAAGCUGGUGCUAUGAAUGCCUUAGUGCGAGUCUCAGCAGUCAUAUCAAAUGCUCCUUACCUACUCAAUGUUGAUUGUGAUCACUACAUAAACAACAGCAAAGCACUUCGUGAAGCCAUGUGCUUCAUGAUGGAUCCUACAUCAGGGAAAAAAAUAUGCUAUGUACAAUUUCCUCAAAGAUUUGAUGGGAUUGAUCGUCAUGAUAGAUACUCAAAUAGAAAUGUUGUAUUCUUUGAUAUAAACAUGAAAGGUUUAGAUGGCAUCCAAGGACCAAUAUAUGUGGGAACUGGGUGUGUCUUUAGGCGGCAGGCGCUCUAUGGAUAUGAUGCCCCUGCUACGAAGAAACCACCAAGGAAAACCUGUAACUGUUGGCCCAAAUGGUGCUGCCUGUGUUGUGGAUCUAGGAACAAGAAUAGGAAAGUGAAGUCAGGUCCAAGAAAGAAAAUAAAAAACAAGGAUGCUACAAAGCAAAUACAUGCACUAGAAAAUAUUGAAGAGGGAAUUGAAGGAAUUGACAGUGAGAAGUCAUGGUUAAUGUCACAACUAAAAUUUGAGAAAAAAUUUGGGCAAUCAGCUGUUUUCAUAGCCUCAACACUUAUGGAAGAUGGGGGUAUUCUAAAAGGAGCAACUUCUGCAUCACUCUUGAAAGAAGCCAUUCAUGUCAUCAGUUGUGGUUAUGAAGAUAAGACAGAGUGGGGGAAAGAGGUUGGAUGGAUAUAUGGUUCUGUUACAGAAGAUAUAUUAACAGGUUUCAAGAUGCACUGUCAUGGUUGGCGAUCCGUGUACUGCAUGCCUAAAAGGCCUGCUUUUAAGGGUUCUGCUCCCAUAAAUCUUUCAGAUCGUCUGCAUCAAGUUCUCCGUUGGGCACUUGGAUCUGUUGAGAUCCUGUUGAGUAAGCAUUGUCCUAUAUGGUAUGGAUAUGGUUGUGGCUUGAAAUGGCUGGAGCGUUUUUCUUACAUAAACUCGGUCAUUUAUCCUUUGACAUCACUUCCCUUAAUUGCCUAUUGCACCUUGCCGGCUGUCUGUCUUCUCACUGGAAAGUUCAUAGUCCCUGAGAUUAGCAACUAUGCCAGUAUCAUUUUCAUGGCACUCUUCAUCUCCAUAGCUGUGACUAGCAUCCUUGAAAUGCAGUGGGGAGGUGUUGGCAUACAUGACUGGUGGAGGAAUGAGCAGUUCUGGGUCAUUGGUGGUGCCUCCUCACACCUCUUUGCUCUCUUCCAGGGUUUGCUCAAGGUUCUGGCAGGAGUUAACACAAACUUCACAGUCACAUCAAAAGCUGCGGACGGCGGAGACUUUGCUGAACUCUACCUCUUCAAGUGGACAUCAUUGUUGAUCCCUCCUUUGACCUUGCUCAUCAUAAACAUAAUAGGAGUUAUUGUAGGUGUUUCAGAUGCAAUAAACAACGGCUAUGAUUCAUGGGGUCCCCUAUUUGGUAAGCUAUUUUUUGCUCUUUGGGUCAUUGUCCAUCUUUACCCCUUCCUCAAGGGAGUCAUGGGAAAACAGGAAGGUGUUCCCACCAUCAUUUUGGUUUGGGCUAUUCUUCUGGCUUCAAUCUUCUCACUUCUGUGGGUGAGGAUCAACCCAUUUUUGUCAAAAGGUGGCAUUGUGUUGGAACUUUGUGGCUUGAAUUGUGACUAGGAAAUUCAAGUCCUAGAUGGUUAGAUAUAUUUUUAUUUUAUACAGAAAAUGACUGCAAUAUGCACAGUUUUUGGUCAAAGACAUCCGUGCAUGCAGUAGAGUGUCUAUUGGUGAUAGGCAUUGCUGCCAAAAGGGCAAUUGUAGUGUAGAGGGUGUGUGUGUAGAUACAGAUGGCUAUGGUCUGACACAUAAACAUUUGUUUUUAGAGCAUUAUUCUUUGUUACGUGUGCAUUCUGUGAGUUUAAGACUUUAGAAGAUUGAAUUUGGAGAUCAGUGAGGUGUUGUAAUUUAUAAUUUCCUUCUGAAUGAAGUGUAUCAUCUUUGUAAUAAAAUUUAGUUCCUUGUGUUUGAAAUCCAAAUAGAAAAAAUGGGAUCUGUGGUGGUUUUGUUCUUGCA